AUGCCGAAACGCACGCUUUUCACCAACAUUACCCCUCUUCCUCCCCAGGUCUCGCGCGAGGUGGCGAUUGCCAUGCUUCACAACCACGAUGAAAUGAUAGAGCUGAACCCGCUAGUCAUCGAACAUCACCCGAUCAAAACUCCCAGAGAUGCUCCGGCCGACGAAUUCUUAGACUGCGCCUGGCAAGAGCUGACGGACAAGAUCCAUUACCUGCCUGGAGGCAUCGUCAAGGGGAAAGUCAGCUACAAGGCUUGCUUUCAUGACACUCCAUAUGGGCUCCAGACACACAUCUAUGCUCCCAUGGGGCUGGAUAUCCGGGAAAAAUGGUCGAUCGGAGGGUCUCUACCUGGGGAGCCUCCGGAGCCGCGAGAACUUGGUGUGGAUGUUCCACGAACGGGCCUUUACCUCCGCGAAGAUGGGGACAUGAGGUGCAACAUGUUGUUGACUUCAUUUGUUCGCAAGAACCUCGACAACUCACAUAAAGUCCUGGUUGAGCGUAUUCUCAAAAAGGCCGAGCGCGUUGAGGAACAAGUCCAGACCCUGGGGGGGCCCAUGACCCCUGUUCCUGAAACUCCUCGAUUCCAAUCCGGCUCUCACAUGUCGAAUUCGCAAAUCCUCAAUACACCCGCCAUCUACCAAAGACCCCUCUCUCCUCAGAUGCUGUCGCCGCAGCAAGACUUGGGUUGGCAGACAAUGGCGCUUCACCCGGCAUUCCGGCCCGACGACAAGCGAAUGAGCACCUACAGUCUACCUCCCUAUCAAGCGAAUGCCCAACAACAACGGAUGAGUUAUUACGCGCCGCUGAAGCAACCCGAUCCGCCCAAACAAUUCCUGGCCGAGCUGCCUGGUUCGACGUAUCACACAGGCCACCUUGCCCCACCUGCCCGCGAUACUCCUCCUUUGGAUCACCGAAUGAGCAUGGUGUCUGAACUGUCCGGGUCUGAAGGGACGCUCAUGGGCUCACCAAAUCUGCAGGCUCAAUCCGACCAGGGUAGCCUCGUGGCCGAGAAUUUUCAGGUCCGGAGGCUGAGUGCAAAAGACUUCUCGCAGGACGGUGACCCAUCGAUUGCGUCGGGUGCAUCAGGACAUCGCAGUGGUUCGGACCGGACAAGCGUCAUCUCUGAAUUACCCUCAUCACUGUAUACGGAGAACAGCCAAUUCGCCUCGAAAGAACUCAAGACUGUCGGAAACUACUCGUUAGGGAAACUCAUUGGAAAAGGCUCCUUCGGCAAGGUCUAUCUUGCCAAACACAAUUUGACAAAUGGCUCCAAGGUGGUGCUCAAGGCCUCGAAGAAGGACGACCCAAACCUCGCGAGAGAAAUUCACCACCAUCGACAAUUCAUUCAUCCUCAUAUCGCUCGACUUUACGAAGUUAUAAUAACGGAAUCUCUGGUGUGGCUAGUUUUGGAAUAUUGUCCGGGUGACGAGUUGUACAAUUAUCUAUGCAAGAAUGGGCCACUUCCCGUCGAGACUGUACAGAAGAUCUUCACUCAGCUGGUCGGAGCGGUUUCAUAUAUUCACAGUAAAUCAUGUGUUCAUCGAGAUUUGAAGCUGGAGAACGUCCUUCUCGACAAGAACGAUAACGUUAAACUCUGCGAUUUUGGCUUCACCAGGGAGUACGAGGGCAAAGCGAAUUAUCUGCAAACAUUUUGUGGCACUGUGUGUUAUAGUGCACCCGAAAUGCUGAAAGGAGAGAAAUAUGCGGGCGAGAAGGUCGACGUCUGGAGUUUGGGCAUCAUUCUUUACGCGCUGUUGAAAGGGGAACUGCCCUUCGAUGAAGACGACGAUGCUGCCACAAAGGCCAAGAUAUUAAAAGACGAUCCGGUCUAUCCCGACACUUUUCCGGAAGCCGCAAAGAUGUUAGUUUCCAAACUGCUCUCGAAGCGGCCUCUGCACAGACCAACCUUGUCAGAUAUUCUGGCAGACCCUUUUCUGUCGGACCAUGCACCUCAUCAGCAAGCGAUUCUGAAACUUUCACAGCCAGCGGCAUUCACCACCCAGUUAGAAAAGGAGACGCUUGAACGAAUGAAGUCUGCGGGUGUGGAUAUUGACAAAGUCAUCGAGAACGUACUUGCGCAACGUUGUGACGCGCUGGCUGGAUGGUGGGCAUUACUCAUUGAGAAAGAAACAAGGAAGCAAGCUCGAAGAGAACGCAAACGGAAGGAAAGAGAAGCCGAGUUGAAGAUCCUUAGGCGGUUGAGCGGUGCUAGUAGCAGAUUAGAGAGGAUUGCACCCACUCUGGUUGAGGUCGACGAAGAGCAUUCUCCUGGUGAGACCGAGGGCCGUCGGAGUAGCAGUCGAGGCAGGACACAGCGAAGGAGUACGCCUCAGAUAUUGGUCGGGGACUUGCCUCAACUUCCCGAAGGCGAUGUCAUAAAGUCUCCCGAGGCUGAAACACCACCGCCACCACCGAUCGAUAAAGACUCUGUGCGCUCUCGGAGCGGCUCUCGACCUCCCAUACCACCCAAGGAACGCAAACGCCGGAGCAGCACGCUACAGCUCGUGACGACGAAUCCCGAGUUACUGGGUCCCAUGAAUGGAGUGAACAAGAGACGAAGUGGGAGGUUCCGCAAUCGACAAUUUCUAAGCCAGCUCACAGCAUUGAAGCAGUGGAUAGUCGACUCCACGAAGCGAGCUAGGUCACCAGUCAACACCAGGGUGGUGGACAAAAUCUUGAAUGGGCAUUCCAGCAAUGACUCAAAAGCGACCCUUUCGAAAGAUUCUAAUCAAAUGAACAAGAUCACCAGAAAUGUGGCUGACGCGGCAAAUCCCAACAGAUCCUCGAACGGGUCUGCGCUGACCCCUGCCACCUCCAACUUCAAGCCUCUUCCUUCUGCGACAAACCCAGCGCCUCGGAUUGAUACAGCCCGUGCGAGACCUCAUCGCAACUCUCUCUCGCCCUCGCCCGUAACUCCGCGCUCCUCGUACCGACGCAGUUCCACAGGCCUACGGAGCCGGAAAUCGACAUCCUCAUCCGUCUCAUCGAUCCGCAGCAUGCCCCGACAUAACGCCUCUCACAGCAAAGCCUCUUCCCAAAGUUCUAACAGUCUCGACACGAUUCACAGCCCCACCAGCCGUACGGUUAGUCUCAACGGCCGCUCACCUCACCCCUCAAUAAAAGUCCUCCCAGUGACACCGACAGCCAAUGCUUUCCCUUCGAAUAUCCGUCUAGUCCGAACCCCUAGAGGCUCAGAUGCCGGCCUUCAACCCCGCCCGCUUUCUGGGAUCGGCAAUGACAUCCUCAAUCAUCCACCGGGUACACCGCAAGGCCACGGCUUCGGCUCAAAUGUCAUGUUCGCUCGACGGAAGAAGUCACCUUUCAAAGGCCCUAUGCUUAACUCAGCCUUUUUCUCCGCAUCAACGCUCCCCGCGGCAUUCGGAAGCCCUGCUAUUGUUGGCGCUGGGAGAAACCGUGAGGGUUCGGACGGGAAGCUCAACUUGGGCCUGAAGGAUUUUAUGAGCGGAGGUGGCAGAAGAGGCAGCAGUUCGAAGAGGAAAAAUCAGAUCAUCGAGGAAGAGGAAGAAGAUGAACAUGCUGUCAUCGGUGAAGAAGACGAGGAGGACGUCGAAGAAGUAGACGCAUUCCAGGCGGUUCACUUGAACAAGGGCGAAAGAUUGGACAGUAUUACGAUUUGGAGUGAUGCUGUUCCGGAAGGUGCUGCUGAAGAUGAUGAUGGGGACGACUACAGACGAAAGGAAGGUGUCGGAAUUUACAGCUGA